GCGCCGAGGGGGUGAUGCUGAAACAAUCGCAGUUUCAAGGCAUGAAGAAAGGCACCCACAUUCAUCUGAAACUGGGCAGCGAUAGAAUCACAUCAGUAGCCAUUCCUGCGCUGCUGGUGGGGACUACCAUUCUGAUGAUGCUGCGAGGGGUUUGGAAUAUGUCCCACGGCACUGGCAAGAAGGAUUAAUUGGCAUUACAUUGCAUUGCAUUGCAUUGGAUUUGUAAUCUGUAUCUCUGUGUGUAUCUGUGUGUGUGUGUGUGUAUUCUCUUCUUCCCCUUUCCCUGUAUUGCUUUGCUUUGCUUUGCUUUGCAGUGCUGUUGCAAUGCAUUCACUGAGCAGAAGUGCUAUUGUGAAGGAGAGACUGUCUGUCUGUUUGUGAAAUUUUGCUGUUUCUGUUUCCUGUUUAGAUAUCAGAUGCAUGCCUUUGAACUCACGACAGUUAUCCUAUGUUGUGUGUUUUUAAUGGAGACAUGUGUCUUCAAUUCAUGGGACAGACUGAAAAUUUGUAACAUGCGAAACUGAUUUUGAUUUGAUAUGGGUUUGUUUUUAAGAAC